AUGGCGCGACGGGCUGUGUUGUUUGACCUUGGCGGUGUGCUCUUCGGGCCUGGCCUGCAGCACUUCCUGGGCUCCUGCGAGCACGACAGCGCGCUGCCCAGGAAUUUCUUCCGGAAUGUCCUGAUUGCUGGUGGCUCCAACAGUCCUUAUGCCAAAGUGAUGAAGGGACAGAUCACUCUGUCUCAGCUCUUUCUGGAGCUGGAGCAGGGCUGCCAGCAGCAUGCCUCCGCCGCGGGCAUCGCCCUGCCGCCCACCUUCUCCGUCACCAGAGCCUUCGAGGAGAUGGCAGCCAAGGGAACAGUCAAUGCUCCCCUUCUGCAGGCAGCCAGGGUGCUGCGGAGGAAUGGAUUUAAGACCUGUGUCCUGACCAAUAACUGGGUGGAUGACAGCAGUGGGCGCCUCUUCACGGCCACCCUGAUGAACCUGCUGCACCGACACUUCGACCUGGUCAUCGAGUCCUGCCGGCUCGGGGUGCAGAAGCCGGACCCCAAGAUCUACUCCUAUGCCCUGGAGGUGCUGCAGGCCAAGCCGCAGGAGGUGAUCUUCCUGGAUGACAUUGGGGAGAACUUGAAGCCAGCGCAGGAGAUGGGCAUGGCCACCAUCCUCGUCAGGGACACUAGAACUGUCCUGAAAGAGCUGGAGGAGCUCUCAGGUGUCCAGCUUCUCACACAAGAGGAGCCCAAGCCGACCGUGUGUGAUCCAGCUGCUGUCACCCAUGGAUACGUGCCCAUCCGGCCUGGUGUCCAGCUGCACUUUGUGGAAAUGGGACAUGGCCCUGUGGUCUGCCUCUGCCAUGGCUUCCCCGAGUCCUGGCUCUCCUGGCGCUACCAGGUGAUGAAGGAGAUGAGAAGGAGGCCUCCCUCUUCCUCCACCAGCUGGUUGUGGGAUUAUGCUGUUGGCUAUUAUUUGCUGGAGUUUCUGCUGUGGAUCAGCACCUUUGUGCCCAGCUUGGUGUGCUGGAUCAACCGCUGCUUCUUCUGGCUGCUCUUCCGCUCGCGGGUGGAGAACGUUGCCAUCAGCUACAAGAUCUUCAACUACGAGUGUCGCUUCAAGCAGCACGUUCAAGACUGGGCCAUCCCCAUUGAGAAGACAAAGGAAGCUCUGCUGGAGCUGAAGGCUGCCCUGGAGAACAACCCCAAGCUGGUGGCUCACUACCCUGUGGAGGUGCGCUUUGCUCGAGGGGAUGAGAUCUGGAUGAGUCCCUGCUUCCAGAGAGACAGCUGCUACAUGAACAUCAUCAUGUACAGGCCCUAUGGGAAGAACGUCCCUCACCUCAACUACUGGCUGACCUAUGAGGGCAUCAUGAAGAAGCAUGGUGGAAGACCACACUGGGCAAAGGCCCACAGCUGCACCCAGAAGGACUUUGAGAAGAUGUAUCCAGCCUUCCCCAAAUUCUGCUCCAUCCGGGAGAAGCUGGACCCCACGGGAAUGUUCCUGAACUCCUACCUGGAAAAAGUGUUUUACUGA